AUGUCGGAAUUUGUGCCAAAUAAAGAACAUUCGCGGACAGUGUUAAUUUUUUGUUUUUAUUUAAAGAAAACUGCUGCUGAAUCAUACGGAUUACUUCGGGAAGCUUAUGGUGAACAUGCUCCAUCACAAAGAACACAAAAACCACCAAAAAGAUACGAAGAUGUAGAAUUGCAAUCAUUGUUGGACGAAGACGAUUCACAAACACAAACACAACUCGCAGAGCAAUUGAGCGUUAAUCAACAAGCUAUGGAAGUAAAUAAAAGACAAUCAUGGUCUCUUAAUCAAUUAAAGGCUGCAGUUAAGGCAGUACAAAACAAAGAGAUGGGAUAUUUAAAAGCAUCUAAACAAUUCAAUGUUCCAAAGCGUACAAUUGAACGCAAGACAAAGAAGAUAGCUGGUAAAAAAUGGUUAAAAGGUUUUCUCCGUAGACAUCCUAUAUUGUCAAUAAGAACGCCUCAAUCUGUAUCAUCGGCACGAGUUAAAGGCUUCACAAAAGAAAACGUAGCUAAGUUUUUUGACAUCUACGAAUCUCAAUUACUUAAAAUAAAAUAUUCUCCAAAUCGUCUGUACAAUGUCGAUGAGACAGGGAUCACUGUGGUGCAACACAAGCACUCAAAAGUUAUAAGUAUGAAAGGAAAGAAGCAAGUAUAUGCUCUUACAUCCUUAGAGCGAGGUAAACUUAUAACUAUAGUCACUUGUAAGAAUGCUAGUGGGCACUAUAUACCACCGUUAAUAAUUUUUCCUCGGAAAAACCGAUCACCAGAAUUAAUGAACGGUACUCUUCCUGGGUCUAUAGAAGGAUACCAUCCAUCUGGAUGGAUACAGACAGAUCUUUUUACGAUGUGGUUAAAACAUUUUAUUCAGCACACAAAACCCACCGAAGAUGAUCCAAUUGUUUUGGUUUUGGAUGGACAUUACACUCAUACAAGAAAUAUUGAAGUCAUCAAUAUAGCACGUGAAAAUCAUAUAUUGAUUGUAUGCUUACCACCACAUUCAACGCAUAAAAUGCAGCCAUUAGAUGUGGGAUUUAUGUUCCCACUGAAAACUUAUUAUGCGCAAGCUAUUGAAUCAUGGUUGCGACACAAUCCUGGACGAGUUGUUACAAAUCGUCAAGUAGGAAUGCUCUUUGGAGAAGCUUACCAAAAAGCUGCUACUAUGAACAACUCUAUCAACGCUUUUAAAAAGACUGGUCUAUUUCCUUGUAACCGCUACGCCUUUAGUGAGGAACAUUUCAGAAUUUAUGACGGCUCUGAAAAUCCUUCUCCAAUCAUAGACUGCCCUAGUGCUAUUAACGAUGAUGAAAUUUUAUCUAUGGAAGCAAAUAAAGAAAACCAAAAUGUCUCUGGCAAUCUUAGCCCUAUUCCAGGUUGUUCUCAAGACAUACAAGGACCAAGUCAAGAUACAGAAGUUAUGAUGUCACCAUUUCAAAUAAGACCUGUUCCAACAAUCACACAAAAGCAGAAUAAAUCUACACGUGCACAAUCUGCCCAUUUAGUUACAUCUUCUCCCCAUAAAAAACAGGUAGAAGAUUCUUUAAAAAGAAGAAAAGAAAAAGAGCCAAAAAUUACUGCAAAAAAUAAAGGCCGAGGCAAAAAUAAAACUAAAAAGAUUAAAAAGAAACUUGAAUCCUCAAGCAAAGAUGAUAAUGAUGUACAAACUCACUGUGAGUUAGCACUCUUGUCGACGAUUUGUCAAUAA